UGAUAACGUUUUGCAGCCGGCCGGCAUUUUCCGGAGCCAUUUUUAUAUAAUACGGGGUCAACAAAUUUCAAAAUUUACUGAUCCAUUCUGUAUAAAUUCAAAACGUAAACAUGCCUGGAUAUUCAGACAGAGAUCGUGGAAGAGACAGGGGUUAUGGGGGCGGUGCACCUCGGUUCGGUGGAGGCCGAAAUGGCCCUCCGUCUAGCAAAUUUGGCAACCCUGGCGACAGGCUGCGCAAAAGACACUGGAACCUCGAUGAACUCCCCAAAUUUGAAAAGAACUUCUACAAGGAACACCCUGAUGUUACCCGCAGAUCAAUACAAGAGGUAGAACAGUACAGAAGAGCAAAAGAAGUUACAGUGAAAGGCAGAGAUUGCCCUAAACCUAUCAUAAAGUUCCAUGAAGCCACAUUCCCCAAUUAUGUAAUGGAAGUGAUCAACAAGCAACCAUGGUCUGAGCCCACUCCGAUUCAAGCUCAAGGCUGGCCGCUCGCACUUAGUGGGAAGGACAUGGUUGGCAUUGCCCAAACCGGCUCUGGAAAAACCCUGGCAUACCUGUUGCCAGCAAUUGUGCAUAUUAACCAUCAGCCAUUCCUUGAACAUGGAGAUGGUCCUAUUUGUUUGGUGCUGGCACCUACUCGUGAGCUGGCCCAGCAGGUUCAGCAGGUCGCCGCAGAGUACGGAAGAGCCUCCCGCCUAAAGUCCACCUGCAUCUAUGGAGGAGCUCCCAAAGGACCCCAAAUGAGGGACCUUGAGAGAGGGGUUGAGAUCUGCAUUGCCACUCCGGGUCGUCUGAUUGACUUCUUGGAGGCAGGAAAAACCAACCUGCAGCGCUGCACUUACCUGGUGCUAGACGAGGCUGACCGCAUGCUGGACAUGGGCUUUGAGCCACAGAUCCGCAAAAUCGUUGAUCAGAUUCGUCCUGACAGACAAACUCUGAUGUGGAGCGCCACUUGGCCCAAAGAGGUACGUCAGUUGGCAGAGGAUUUCCUGAAGGAGUACGUUCAGAUUAACAUAGGAGCUCUGCAGCUUAGCGCAAACCACAACAUCCUACAGAUCGUGGAUGUCUGUAAUGAUGGGGAAAAGGAUGACAAGCUGAUCCGUUUGCUGGAGGAAAUCAUGAGCGAGAAGGAGAAUAAGACCAUUAUCUUUGUUGAGACCAAGAGGAGGUGUGAUGAGCUAACCCGGAGGAUGAGGAGAGAUGGGUGGCCUGCAAUGGGAAUUCAUGGAGACAAAAGUCAGCAAGAAAGAGACUGGGUUCUGAACGAAUUCAAGUUUGGUAAAGCAUGCAUCCUCAUCGCUACGGAUGUGGCCUCACGUGGACUAGAUGUGGAGGAUGUGAAAUUUGUCAUCAAUUAUGACUACCCUAACUCCUCUGAGGACUAUAUCCAUCGAAUCGGGCGCACGGCCCGCAGUCAGAAAACUGGCACGGCCUACACCUUCUUUACGCCCAACAACAUGAAGCAGGCCAAUGACCUGAUCUCGGUCCUGCGCGAGGCCAAUCAGGCAAUCAAUCCUAAACUGAUUCAGAUGGCAGAGGACCGAGGAGGUCGUUCCAGAGGUGGUCGGGGAAACUACAAGGAUGACCGGCGGGACCGCUAUUCCGGUGGGGGUAGGAGAGAUUAUGGUAGCUAUAGGGAUAGAGAUAGUGAGAGGGGUUACAGUAGUGGACCAAAGUCACAAAACGGCAGUUACAGUGGUGGCGGCAGCUACAACAAAAGUAACAGUGGCAGCGGUAAUUACAAUAGUGGCGGCAGCAACUACAAUAAUAACAGUUACAACAGUGGGGGAAACCCGAACCAAAACCCAAACCAAAGCACUUUCGGGAACCAGAACUUUCAGAACCAGUCGUUUCAGGGAAAUCAUCCUCCGGCCCAGAAUGGAAUGAACCACCCGCCUUUCCCAUUUAACCCCCCUCAACAGCCCCCUCAGUCGAUGGUGCCGUACUCCAUGCCCCCUCCUUUUCCCCAGUAGAUUUGAAUUAGGCUGAACUUGAAUCGAUAUUAUUCUGAAGUAACUUAGUCUUGUUUAAGAUUAUUAUUAUUAUUACCUUUAUUAUUCUUUGUACUGUUUAUUUAGUGAAGAAAGAGGUUGGAGGCUUAUUAAGACACCCAGCCAAUUACAAACGAGUCCAAGUGGUAUUUGUACAGCUAAGGGAGUGCUGCACAUUUUUCACCAGUUUUGUUUUUCCUUUAUGUUUUGUUACAUUCCUCGGUAACUUAUUUUUCCUAGGUAAUGUAUGUUUUUGGUUAAUGUAUGUUGAAAGUGGUGUUUACAAUGCUUAACUGAGGACCAUUUGUUCAUGAACCCUCACAAUAAAGAAGGAAAAAAGA